AUUGUUUUCAUUUUUCAUUAUUUGGCAUCGUAAAGAAUGACGUGAGAUAUCCGAGAGCUUUAAGCGCGCUCCGAGUGGCAGAUUUGAAAGGAUACCUUGCAGGCUUUAAUAUGUUGCUCGUAAGAAGAUUUUACAACUGAAUCCAAGAAUUAAAACUUAGCCUUGUUUAAAUGUUGUGAUCAGUUAAAAUGGAUCCAAAUUUAAAUGGUUAUCACAUGGUGGUCCCUCAAGCGUCAGUUGCAUAUGAAAAAUUAGCCUGGGGGAUGAAUGAAUAUUAAUGAACUCUAUAUGUUGAGUUGUUUUUUCGCCAUUUUGUUUUUGUUAUGUUUUCCUUCCCUUUUCUUUAUUCUCUACUUUCUAUUUUUAUGGAUUAAGUGUAACGUGUUCUACAACCCUGCAACAAACCUUAAUUAACCAAAAUACAAUAGAAGUAAGAAUAGUUUAGGUUUUGCAUGCGGCUGACCCAUCGUGAAAUACAAAAACUAAAAAAAAAAAAAGAACAGAUAUGUAGAGUUUUAAAAAGCAAAUUAAUUAAUCGUUUCAAAAUAAUCUUCAGCAGAUUCAUCAGCAGCAAAUGCUCUAAAGACGUCAACAGCAUCAUUAGCAAGUCAACUGUGUAGGUAUUUUCUUGGGUCAGGAUUAGCUGGAACAAAGUGGAUCCAUCUAUACCGUUUAGUACUUUCACAAUAAUGUUAUAUUCAUUAUCUCAUAUCUUUCCCUGGCAAGCUUUUCUAAUUUCACAAAAGUAGCAACUUGUUCAUCACGACAUCAUUACUGCUAUUGUGGAAGAUUAAAAUCUUAGUAUUUUUUUUCUAUAAUAUUUAUUCUAUUUGGCAAAUGUAUAAAUAAAAUAAAAUUAUUUUUUUGUUAGCCAACUUCUUUAUUUUAUCAAACUCUUAAAUAGUAAGGUGUUUAAUAAAUAAAGAAGUUGGGUAACAAAAAAAAUAAUUUUAUUUUAUUUUACUGUUUUUUUAAUUUACUUAAUGGGAUAAUAAAACAAAAAAUAUUAGAGCACGACUUCCAGUGAACAAUAUCUGAAAUAAUCGCUUCCCUCGAAUGAUCGUCUCUAAUAAUAAUGAGGAUGAGAAUGGCAAUCGCCCCCGGGCUAUUAUUCGAGGAAAUGCGAUACAUCAAACCAACAUUUAUCGUGUUUCGGGGGAACCUCUUCGGGUGGAAGACAAAUAUAAAUAUACAAGCUAAAAGCGCGGGACCUAGGCAACAAGUCCGUUAAUUUGUCAUCUAAUUACACAGCGUAACUGAGGUCAAUUGAUAGUAUAGCUUGUUAAACUCUCUAAACCUAGAUCUUCAAAUUACCAGGAAUUACGAUAAACGGGUCCUGUGCCCACAAUGGCUGGAGGGUUUCUUUGCUGUUUUAUUUAUUUGUUUUAUUUUUAUUUUUUCACUUUUUAUUAAUUGUUAUCAUCUCUCAUUAAAGCGUAUCUCUAUCUUUGCGCAUAAUGAAACAAUUUAACAUUUUCUCUCUUUUUUCUCCAAUUAUGCAGUGCCAUCGCCAACUAUGACAACUGUUACUAGCCCUUCAGCAGCAUCAUCGAGUUCCUUAACAACUGCCUCAAUGCAGCAGACAAGUCCAGGCAUGUUCUUAAAAGCGCUACCACACCAUAUUCCAACAUUUUCCAUAUUGCAGCAAGAAAGAAGUCUUAGGAAAUCUGAACACAUCAUAGAAUAAUAAAAAACAAACAAACAGAAAACAAAAACAAACAAAUAACAACAACAAUAACAUCAAUGAUCGGCUCUAGAUCGGUUAUAGACUGUUUUGCUCAAUUGGAAAAGCACCGGCGUGCCCCCAAGCAGAUGGACGUGGCAUCUAACCGGCCUUUGGUCUUUCAAAAAUGGUAUAUGCAGGCUGUGUUUUCGAUCAUGUCGCAAUUCACAUGAUUUAACAUUUUCUUUCUUUUUUCUCCAAUUUUGCAGUGCCAUCGCCACCUAUGACAACUGUCAUUAGCCCAUCAACAGCAACAUCGAGUACCUUAACAACUAUCUCAAUGCAGCCGACAAGUCCAGGUAUGUUCUUAAAAGUAUACCAUAUUCCAGCAUGUUCAUCAUUGCAGCAACAGGGGUCUUUUUUGCAUGAGCAUGCGCGACCGCUGAACAAGCGAUAUGCAUGGAGGCUCACCACAGGGUUUGCCUUCAUCAAAAUGGCGCGUCUCAAAGCUAUCACAGCGAUUAUUUUGCUCGUUGGUCUUGGCGAAUGUGCUGGUGAUUUAACAAAAUGUGUAGUUUGCAAAAAAAAACUCUAACAUGGUCUUAACAAAAGCGAAGUAGACCGGCUUUAACAUACGCUAGCUACUAUCAAAUUUCAUCUCCCCACUUGACCUGGACAACAGCGCGCGUAUAUGUAGUGCCUGGAGGAUUGCGCUGACCUCAUCAAAGUCUAAACAAAGUGCAAAAAAAUUUGUUGAUGCAAGUAAACACUUUCAAUUUUCUUUGUUUGAAAUGGGAAAGGAAGAGAAAUAUUAAAAAAAAAACAUAGCACAUUUCAGCGAGUGGGUUCGAAGUGCGCGAAAGCCGAUGUUCAGUUCAGCAGUGAAUUAAUAUACGUUCUACAAUUUUCCCAGCCCUUUAAAGCUACAAAAUUAAGAGCACACGAGACGUAGAUUAGUCAUCUGGUGAGAUGUUGGUGGUAGUCACUCUGUAUGUCUCGAACAAUAAAAAAAAAAUGAAUAUCAAUGAGACACAGUCAAAACUGCAUUCAAUAGGACCGAAAUUAAAGUCCAAUCUUGUGACCGAUUUUGAUGAAACAAACGGUUAGGUUUCCUAAGAACUACAGUAAACAUGUGAUGCCGACCAAAAGUUAAAAAUCAUUAGAACAAUUAAGUUCUGGCUAAAAGCAAAUUUCUGAAAAAGAUGCGUUACAAUGUUAGUUCACGCAAAAACAAGAAGUUCUACAAUUUUCCUAUGAACAAACUUUGUAUCGUUGACAUACUUAAGGCAAAAACUUUCUAUUCCAACUAAAAACGGCGUGGUAGUCGCCCGCUGAUCGUUAUUAAUCCUCUCCCGAAGUAUGGCUAAAUCAGCUAUUAAUAAAUUAUUGACAGAAAUCCUCUACGGCAUCGAGAAACUGAUUUACAUGCGAUUUAUAGACAAACACUAAAUAAAGAACAUUUUGCUCAAUAGCUACGCAUCAGCAAUGCAUUCUACGCCAAACUUUGCGGUUCUUAAACAGGAGUCAAGACACGAGUCGAGCAACAAACAACAACAAGCAGCCAUGUUCGUGUCAGACAUCCUUGAGAAACUUGCUCUUUCACCUCGUUCAGCGCAUCAGUCUCCACUUUAAAUCAACAGAUCUUUACUUAUUUUGUACAACGAAGGUCUUUCCUAAGUUCCUGCUACCAUUUCAAUCUCAAGCAAGCUUUCAAAGUGAACAAUUUGGUUUCUAUUACUAUGCAGCACAGUCGCUGUCACUGGUCGCGUGCUCUUUGACAAGUCAGCGGUCGCGCAUGCUCAUGCAAAAAAGACCUCUGUUCAUUGAAGCAUGAAACAAGUCUUAGGAAAUCUCAACGCGUGAUAUAAUAAUAAUAAUAAUAAUAAUAAUAAUAAUAACAAACAAACAAACAACUAAACAGAAAACCAAAAAAACAACAAUAAUAUCAAGUAUCGGCUCUAGAUCGGUUAUAGACUAAGCAGAUGGACGUGGGAUCUAACCGGCCGUUGGUCUUUCAAAAAUUGUUAUGUGCGGGUUGUGUUUUGGAUCAUGUUGCAGUUCACAUGAUCGCGGCCUUGGGCGGUUACAUUAAGCUGUCUCAUAAAGAAGAAAUUUGAACAUUCAUUUUUGUUGAAGAUACUGAAUUUAUCUGAUUGAGCACCUAACCUCGAAUUUGCGCCCAUUUCCAAUAAGCGCCCAUCCUGUAGGGAGGAAAAGUUGAUAGGCGUCUAGCCUCAAAUAAGCGCCCACCCCAACCACCACCACCACACUUCCCCCUCUCCAAAAACAGAAACUGAAGUAGACAAAAAGAGUAUUGGUUACAUUUUCUGACUAUCCUUUCUGCUUCUCGUCGUCUGAUCCAUUUGGAUACGUUACACUGUGAGACAUCUACGAGGCAACACCAGCGCUUUUUGCUGUCCACAUUGUCCAAGUAAUACUGCACCUUGUUUACCGCAAACAUUUUGUGCCUAAGCCUUGUUUAAAAUUUCCCUUGGAAAACCUGCAAGAUACCCAGGAUAAACUGGAAACGAUGGAAAUGCAAAAUAUUGGAAGGUAAACAAGGUUAUUAUGGCAAUGUGAAAAUGGUAAAUGUCUGUGAAGAAUUCAACAUGGCGUAGAAAGUGAAUAGCCUUGUUAUGACAUUAUCCCAUCAGACCGUUGCAUGUUGUGUACAUUGUAUAUGUUGUGUAAAAAAAACGGUACCGUAAGAAAGCUGUUUUUUUUACACUGAUAUGUAUUUGUAAAAGGACGGCUUUUUUACAAAAUAUAUUUUUGUAAAAAAACGGUCAUACUCGAAAUGUUGCUGGCGAAUUCCGCUAGUGUUCAUAUUAAAGUUGUCCAGCCUUUACAAGUGUUUUCUGGCUUUUUUCUCGAUCUCUAAAACAAAACACGCAUUGGCGUACGUUACAGACCGCCUUUAUAGUCCCUAAUUCUUAUAAACAAAUCGGCUGCUGUUUUUAUGGCCUUACAAGUUACUCUGUGUAUUGCAAAAAUUAGACUAAUAAGCGAGUGUAUGUGCGCUUGUAGCUAUAGGCGAACGUUUCCUUUUGCUUCAUUAGCCGACUGAACAUGUUCCUACAUCACGCUGGAAACUUAAGUUGUAACGCAGACAUGACACUCUUGCAUGCAUCAACAUGGAUUUCAACAUAGCAUGAAUCAGGGGCACCCAACGACAAUUUUCGGAGGAAUAUCUGUUCGGAAGACGAUUUGAGAUCUAGAAUUUUCGAAACAUUUGUUGUAAAAUUUCUUGCUUGCCUGCCUCUCCUAGGAUUUUCGAACAUCCAAAAAAUGGUAUAUUUGCCUAUUUUUAACGGAUUUUUACCCUAAAAAGGUCACCUAGAAUUUUCGGAAGCCUUUUUUCUGGCUGAAAUUUUCGAAAAGGUAAGUUUUGAUCCCUACAAUUUUCGGAUCGCUAGACUUUCAGCUAGGAAAUCCGAAUAGAUGAAAAAUUUUUAGGGGAUAAAAAUAUGCCUAUAUCUAACGUUUAAAUACUAAAAUACGUUUAACAAUGCUAUGUUUAAGUGGUUUUGAACUAUAUUCUCGUUGGGUGCCCCUGAUGAAUCCCGUGAUAGAAAUCCAUUUCAACAUAAUACAAGAAAUUGUCUAACAGUUGCUGUCGUUCUUGAUACCGACUAGUGUCAGAACUGUGCACGUGCAAUGCUCAAUUCUUAAAACAGUGUUGUGCCCUUGCAAACACCAAUGACUCACGUUAUAGCCAAGUGUUUUGUUGACAGUUAAACCGAUUAUUGCAGCUGAUAACCUUGGGAAAAUAGAUAAAUAAUACAGAACAAUAUUCUGUACAGUUUUCUGCUUGAACAAAAGUAGCAAUGAAGGAAAGAACGGAAGGCUUUGGUUGCUGCAAGAGAUUGUGACUGGCAUUGCUUAUAAAUAAGACUGUGAAUAACGCAGCUAUUCUAUUAUUGCCUAGCAUGCAGUUACUGCCGUGUGUGACUUCGGCCAAUAAGUUUAACGAAUGAAAUUACUGCUCGUUCCUUCUUCGCAUGUUACAGAAAACAGCCCGUCUUCGAUAAAUGGGUUUGUCAAUGUUCUAAGGGAAGAGCAUGAAACUCUUUUUUUCACGAACAUUUAUAUGUGUAAAAAAGCAGGAUUUUUACAUAAAAAGGCAGCUUUCUCUCAAAAUAUAUAUUUUUGUAAAAAAGCAGUAUUUUUACAACCAGUUAACUUGUAAAAAAGCAGCUUUUUUUACGUAAAAAAGUUGCUUUUUUACAAAAAAUUUAUUUUUGUAAAUAAGCAGUAUUUUUACAACCGUUCAAUUUGUAAAAAAGCAGUUUUUUACAUAAAAAUGACGCUUUUUUAGAAGGACCGUUUUUUAUGCAGCACAUAUAUAUAAAUUUAAAGUAUGCAUAAUGUAUACAUCAGGUUCAGUGCUUGAGAGGAGCCCCGUAUGAAUCACCUGCCGCUCCGAUGACGUAUAAUGCGAGUACGGACUGUGUUAAAUUCGGCGUUUUUGCCGCAAAAAAUUAAAACUGCCGUAUUAAAUUGAUUCAGACCCUGCUCUUUUACGGCGGCGUCUGAAUCGGGCCUUAGCUUUUCGUUUUUCCCAGUGAUGGUAUCAUUACGUCAAUUCAGUUUUUAGAAGAAGAGAAUAGGGAAGUAACGACCAAAGAGAACUGGAAAAUGAAAAAUGGGAACUAAACUUAUCUUAGACCCUAGCCCUAUCAGUAAAUUCAUUACCCAUUCUCUUUCUCGUUCCUAUUUUCAUUUUCGUUGCCCUUGCUCGUUAGCCGUUCCCAGUUCUUUGUUUUAGUAACAUCAGAUGUUAGGAGGGACAAGAGGAACCCGCAAUCCUAAAAUCUAGGUGGUUAUUACGUAUGCACCGCAUAUCACUGACGUGGAGCCAGCUUCAUUUUGUCUUCCACUAAGGGCGAUUUCCAUUUGUUAGAACAGAUUGGCCAGACCAUUCCAGACUUCCAGAAUUUCACUUUUAAUCAAAACUAUCCAGCCAGAUCAGUCAGAUCCCAAAUAUCGUGCAUGAAGGAAAUGGGGUUUCAACAAAACUCUUGUCAAAAUGACUGGUCCGGCUAUGGUCCCGCCGGCCUGUUCUGAAAGCGAAAGAUUAAGAGUUUUACCAUCGAAAAAAAAAAAAAAAUUUCAUUUUCAAAAUGACUGGUCCGGCUAUGGUCCCGCCGGCCUGUUCUGACUUUUGGGUAAGCGACCUAAGAUUAGGGAGUUUAACCAUCGACGACGGCGACGGCAGCGAAAACGUCACUUUUAAAAUGAAUUAGCGUUUUUUCAAACUUUGUCGCGUUUAUUCCAAUUCGCUGAAAAUGUCUAAUGCAGGCAAAUUUCCCUGGAUUUGAUUUCCUGGGGACCGCACUCAAGUUUAGAAAGAGAAAGAAAAUUUCGUCGUCGCUUGUUUACGCGCGUCCUCCAUUAAACAUGAGGUUAGGCAUUUUCACGUGGUAGUCGUGCAGUAACGGCAAAGAAAUGUACAAAAAAGCGUAAUGCACAUGCAAACUUGUUGUUUUGCUUAAUAAAUUAACCUAUUGCUAUUUUGACGUUCUCGUUGAGGUCGCCCUCGUCGUUGCUAAAACUCUUUAUGAAUGGAAUGCAUUGAACGCAAUCUGAUCACACGCGUUUGGACCUUCUGUCACUCGGAAUUUAAUCACACAUUGCUUUGGAGCAAAGCGUUUUUAUCUUCGAUCUUUGUCGCCCGCACUCUGUAACCUUCGGUUAUUACUAGUUUCAGCUAAUUUUAUGUUUUUGGUUUUCCUUCUUCUAUUGUUUCUUAACUCAGCUUGUCAACAAGGGUGGAUUGGCAACGGGAAGUCGUGUUAUAAAUUGUUUACGUCUUCUAAAACUUGGGAAAACGCGAAGGAGGAAUGCGAAAAAUGGCAUGCCGGUUUGGUAAAGGUUGAAUCUCGUGAAGAAAAUGAUUUCAUAAAAACGAAACUUUUGCCGACCGACAGAAAGGAAAAUUACUGGAUUGGGCUUUCUGACUCUGACAAUGAAAAUGACUGGAAGUGGACGGACGGAACUCGAUUGGAUUUGGAUGGGUACAAAAACUGGAGAGGUCACGAACCGGACAAUCACAACGGUAACGAGGAUUGUGUGGCAAUAGUAAGGAUAAGCACCGAUCCAUACCAUUACGGGAAGUGGUCUGAUAUUUCAUGCUCGCUGGAAAGGAAAUAUAUUUGUGAAAAUCCAUAG